CGAGAAACUAAAACAUCAUUACUGAGGUAUCAUGGUAUUUGAGUGUCAGCGAGACAGUUUUAAAACUGAGUUCACCACUACAGUUGUAUCUUCCAUCCCAGCUCAACUAGAUACUGGAGAAAAGAAACAAACAAUCAGUGGAUAUGAAGUGAUUUUGAAAGACACAAUCUUGUUUCCAGAGGGAGGUGGACAAAUUGAUGGUAUACCUGUUACCAGGGUAACAAGAAAGGGAGCUGAUGCAAUUCAUUUCGUUCAAGAACCAAUAGAGCCUGGAAAAGAUGUCAAACUGGUUGUUGAUUGGACAAGAAGAUUUGAUAACAUGCAACAGCAUUCAGGUCAACAUUUAAUCACAGCAAUAGCUGACAAUAUGUUUGGAUUUAAAACAACGUCAUGGAUGUUUAGUAAAGAUGUGUGUUUAAUUGAACUUGACACUCCUAAAGUGACUUCUGAACAGAUAGAAGCAAUUGAGAAGGCAUGCAAUGACGCCAUCUUGAAAUGUGUACCCGUAACACCUAAGUACUACCAACCAGAGGAUGACGAACUUGCAAAUAUACGUAGUAGAGGUCUUCCUGAUGAUCAUGUAGGACUAGUACGUGUCAUAACUAUAGAAGGAAUUGAUGUCAAUAUGUGUUGUGGAACACAUGUGUCAAACCUCAGUCAGCUACAGUGCAUAAAGUUGUUGGGUGUGGAGAAAUCGAAAAAAAGAACUAAUCUGUUAUAUUUAACUGGUAACAGAGUUUUAAAAUACCUUGGAAAAUGUUAUAACACAGAAAAGGCUCUCUGUACUGCACUAAAGUGCAGUCCUGAAGAACAUGUUGACAUGGCAAAUAAACUCCAAAAGUCGGUGAGGGAAGUUCAGAAAUCUAAAACCAUGCUGCUGAGAGAGGUUGCUAAAUAUGAAGCUGAGAAGCUGAAAAGUUCAACUGACAAUGUCAUGAGUCUACACAGGAAAGAUGGAGAUAAUGAAUACAUGAAUAUAAUAGCCAAUGAAAUUGGACAAGAGAAUGGAGUUGUGUUUGUCAGUGUUGGUAAUGAAAAAGGAGCCGGUCUGUUUUUAAUAUCUGGCCCUGAGGUUGUCAUAACUGAAGCUGGUCCUAAGGUUGCCGAAAUUCUCGAUGGGAAAGGUGCAGGAAAGAAUGGGAAAUACCAGGGAAAAGUGAAUAAUUUAAAAAAGAAGAAAGUAGCAAUAGAUUUUGUGAAAACAUUAUUGUGUAAAACUAACAGUACUGAGACUACUGAAAGUUAAACAUGUCUCCAAGAAUAAACCCAGAUACGUGUUCUGAACUUCUUUUGUCUUCCAAUGUGUUUGAUCGUGAAUAUGUGCCCUGAACAUAUAAGGGUAUAAUAACUACACCAAUUGUAAAAUUAAAAAGGGACUUACUGUCUUACUAAUACAAGACAGCAGCACCUACAUAAACUAAG